GCCAAGCCCGGGGUAGAGGCCCUGGUGCAGAAGAAGGUCCAGGCGCUCCGCGAGGCCCGCGUGACCUACGUGGAUGGCCGCCCUUUCCAUGGCUACUGGCGCAUCCGGCAAAGCCUGAAGAGCGCAUCAGCAGCUUCCACGCGAGGCGGCUACCAGGACUUCAAUUUCCCUCUCUCGGAGUUGGCACCGUUCGUGGCGAGCUUCGCCAACAAGACCGGCAUCCCAGUCGGAGGAGUGGACCUCAUCUGGCAGGAGAAAGAUCCCGACCUUCACAAGGAGCCCUUUACCCUGGAGGUCUCGCCGACAAGCGACAUCAACCCGCCCAGCCCACCAGACUGGAAUGAGGGCUAUGCGGAGUUCAAGCACACCAAGGGCUUCCGCAAUGCCUACAUCGGCAUCCGCCAGAGGACUCUUCGUACUGCGGCAAGUGCGUAUUGCAUUUUGGCACGGUCCUUUCCUCUGAAUUUUGAUGCAUACCAUGAUGUCAGAAAAGAGAUGGUUGAGUCCCAGGCGAGGCUUGGAAGGCCGAUAGUCAUUGAGCGCAAGGCCUAUGUUGAAAUGCUUGAGGUUGUGGAUCGGCAUCGACGGAGCAAGCGACAUUUGUUCAUCGGCAUGCCCGCCCUGUGGCAUGGGAAUGCCGCAGACGAGGUCGCCUUGGCGCCGCUAGCCGCAUCUGCGCUUCGACAGCUGCGGAGGAGCUUCUUCAUUCGCAUCCUCGCCGUGCCUGAAGACCAGGCCCAGGACCCACUCAACUCAACCUUGCACUUGCUUGCCUCCGCCGGAGUUGAGUACGAUGAUGUGACGCUGCUCAGAAAUACCGAGCAGAGGAGCCACUAUCUCGGCAAAGAAACUUUACUUCUCGACAUCUUGGAUACCAAGGGUGCCAAUGCCCUCCAGGAGCGAGGCGUGCGAGUCAUAAACUUGCUGGAGCGCGGCUGGGAUCAGGAAGUCGUUGCAGCUGCCGUUGCUGUCAUCAUCGUCGAAGCCGACGAAUCGGCGUAUGGCGUCGGCUUCACUCUGAUGACCGUACUUUGCGGCAGAAGCACAAAGCCCAGACCAGCGGUGCAUCGGUUCGCUUGCACUGGCACGAAUCUGGAUGCACUGGGGACCCUGCACCCCGUCCUCGCCGCAUCUGUCAAGAGGUCUUUGGAGGACAUGCCGGAUGCUGACUUGCUGUUCAUCGGACCAAAAGAGGAGAUCGGAGGUGUUAAGGGCAAUGUGGGGAAUGAUCUCCGAAGUUUGCGGCAGUGCGAACCGGACAGCUACGACUUGAUCGUCGAGGUCCGAUCUGAAGAAGUCCUCGCAGCUGGAUGGGAAGCACGGCAAAACCGGUUUUAUCCUCUUGGCGGACAUGAGUUCAGUUUAUCCAAUGACUUUAUCAUCAAUCUGGCCUCAAUUGCGAAGGUGCUCCGCAACGGCGGGAAGUUUUGGUUUCUCACCUGUGCCUCCGGCCAAGACGAAGUCUUGCCAUUCUCCUUUCUGAAACUGCCACAUUUGGACUGGCAGACUGAGGUGUUUCCCGACACUGCAGGCGGCGUGUCUGCUGUGUGUUGCACUCUCAACCAAGACGCUUCUGCAGACACACUUCGCAAAACUCCAGUCGUUGUUGCCCAAGAGUGCCUUAAAGAGAUGUCCAGGAGACGAUACUUCGACGCCUUGAGGCCUUACCUUCAGGGCAGCGAUGGCACGCAGAUGCGUUUGCUGGAUUUUGGCUGUGGUGACGGAUCGUUGAUGUCCUGGGCAUUUGACCCGCAAGUUCUGUCUGAAGAUGGGCCGCGUCAAAUUACUUUGGUGGAGUCAAAUCCCGAGCUUGCCCAAAGAGCUCGUGCACGUCUGGAUUCUGUUGACGUUUUCGUGGUCGAGGACAACGCUCCUUGGCCGUUCGCGGAUGGCGAGUUCGAUGUGGUUGUGUUGGCAUUUGUAUUGCAUCAUGUGCCAGUGCCGGAUCGGACAGGACUACUGGCUGAGGCGGCGCGCGUGGGCCGUGAGAUUCUCGUUCUGGAGGAUUUGCCAGAUUCUGCUGGAACUCCUUCUGCUCAGCGGCUCGCUUGGCAUGUAACGCAGGAGCACUUCAGACCUUUCGGACAAGAUCCAGACGACUACAUGUCCGGAGUUCUUUCCGACGAGAAGUGGCGAGAGUUUUUCGCGCAUGCCGGCCUGGAAGUUCUGGAGGAGGCGCCCAUCGCACAAACCUUGCGGUACCCGGUGCCACACAUGUUGUACCGACUGCGACCUACAAGUUGA